AUGCAUCCAGGAAGCCUGGAGGCCUGUGGUUUCCGCACCGCUGCCACCCCCGCCCCUCGCGUGGACAUUUAUCCUCCGCCGCUCAGGCACUGCCGCCAUCGCUGCAGACCCAGCGUCUAGAGAGGAUACACCAGAGAACCCACCAUGGCCCCCUUUAUGCCCCUGGCCUCCGGCAUCCUGUUGUUACUGUGUCUGACAGGCCCCAGCCUGGCCUGUACCUGUGCCCCACCCCACCCACAGAUGGCCUUCUGCAGCUCUGACCUUGUCAUCAGGGCCAAGUUCAUGGGGACAGCAGAAGUCAACCAGACCACCUUAUACCAGCGUUAUGAGAUAAAGAUGACCAAGAUGUUCAAAGGGUUCAGCACCUUGGGGGAUGCUGCUGACAUCCAGUUUGUCUACACCCCGGCCAUGGAGAGUGUCUGUGGAUACUUCCACCAGUCCCAGAACCGCAGUGAGGAGUUUCUCAUCGCUGGACAACUGUGGAAUGGUCACCUGCACAUCACCACCUGCAGUUUCGUGGCUCCCUGGAACAGUCUGAGCCCUGCUCAGCGCCGGGGCUUCACCAAGCUCUACACUGCUGGUUGUGAGGAAUGCACAGUGUUUCCCUGCUCAUCCAUUCCCUGCAAACUGCAGAGUGACACUCACUGCUUGUGGACAGACCAACUGCUCACAGGCUCUGACAAGGGCCUCCAGAGCCGCCACCUUGCCUGCCUCCCACGGAAGCCAGGGAUGUGCACCUGGCAGUCCCUGCGCCCCCGGACUGCCUGAAUCCUGCCCCCAGCAGAAGCCAACACCCGCACAGUAUUCAUCCCCUUUCCCACUCCUGUCUUUGUUUCUUCAAGACAAUGAAAUAAAGACCUACCACUCAG